AUAUCAAAACAUUAGUUAACGCGGAUGGGAUUCUCAAUCUUCACCUAUCAAGAUCAUUAGACUAAAUCUGUCAAAAUGCAGCUUAGUAUUUGGGACAUGUUAUCUACAUGGCCGCAUCAGGGUGUGAAGAAGAAAGCAACAUCAAUACUUGUUGGUUUCGGUUAUCUUCUUGGAGCUUCCAUACUUGUUCUUACAGUUAGUAGCUUUAUAUUCCCAUCUGUUUUUGCUUCAAUAACUAAUCCCUUGCUUAAAGAAAAUCUCGGUAGAUACUAUCUCAAGUUUGGAUUUUCAAAUUGGCAUCACUCUCCAAGUAGUACGACUGCAACUACUCCGGCAAGAAACUCCACUACCCUGGAUAAUCUAAUGGAAAUGUAUCAAACAAAAAACGAUUCUGAAAACUCAAGUGCUGUAAAAUUGGUGGAUCCAGGGGAGAAUUUUAUUUCAACUUCAAGUAAUUUUUCUAGUGAUUGUGAUAUUUUUGAGGGUGAAUGGGUAAUGGCCAAAGAUCCAAAACCGUAUUAUGCUCCUGGAUCUUGUCCUUACCUGGAAACAAGAUCUUUUGAUUGUCAGGGUAAUGGGAGACCUGAAGAUGAGUACUUAAAAUGGGAAUGGCAAUGGCAAUCUCACCCAAGAAAUGCAGGUUGCAGGAACAAUUUACCCAGCUUCCUCAAUGCAACCGAUUUCCUAGAGAGGUUGCGAGGCAAGAAAUUGGUUUUUGUAGGAGAUUCCUUGAAUAGGAAUAUGUACAUGUCUAUGGCGUGCAUACUUUGGAAUGCAAUUCCUCAUAAGAAGAGAAUUGUGAGAAGUAAUGGAGAUUUCACUACAUUUUACAAGGACUAUAAUUGUACCAUGGCAUUUGUGUGGUCUGCAUUUCUAGUUAGCAAUGUCGGGGUGUCAAAAUCAAGACAGGAGACUGUAAGAUUGGACUUGAUUGAUGAGCAAGCAGCAUCUGCGUAUCGCGAUGCUGAUGUUCUUGUUUUUGACUCAGGGCACUGGUGGGUUCCUAAGAAAACUAAUAACGGAGUUAACUUCUUUAAAGAAGGCGAUAACUUAUAUCCACAGCUGGAUGUAAAUGAAGCAUACAGAAAAGGCCUUACUACUUGGAGGAAAUGGGUCGACAAGCACAUUGAUUCAAACAAAACCCAAGUUGUUUUCAGAGGAUUUUCACCAACUCAUUUCAAAGGGACAUGGACCACAGGUAGAGGAUGCAACUUAGCAACAAAACCAAUUCCUAGCAACGAAACAUAUAUAAAGCCGCAACCUAUACAAUUGGAAAUACUUGAAAACGCUCUUCGGAAAAUGAAGACUCAUGUUCUGUAUCUGAACAUCAGUAAGCUUUCAUAUUAUCGAGCUGAUGCACAUCCUUCCGUAUAUCGUAAUGUUUUCAAAAAUUAUACUUUUCAAGAGAGAAUUGAAGCUUCUCAAGAUUGCAGCCAUUGGUGCUUACCAGGUGUACCUGAUACAUGGAAUGAGUUGCUGUAUGCAGCUCUUUUGAAAGAUGGCAAAGGAUAUUUUGGCAAAUUGUAAGUAACAUGGUACAAUUGUAAUCUAUUGAAAUGAAUGUAUGAGAUAGGAAUAUAGCAAGAAA